CGGGAGGGCGAGGCCAGCCCCGCGGCCCGCCUUCCCCCAGCACAUGGAGCCGGCGGGGCAGCGCGGCGGCAUGGCGGCAGUGCGGGCCGCCAAGCAGGCCCUGCGAGCCGCGCUGCAGCAGCGGCUGCGGGCGCUGGGCGCGGCCGAGAAGCAGCGCCAGUCCCGCCUGCUGACAAGCAAGGUGAUUGGCCAUCCCAAGUACCAAGAAUCCAAAAGAAUUGCAAUCUACCUGAGCACGCCAGAUGAAAUCCAGACAGAAGAAAUCAUGAAGGACAUUUUUAAGCAAGGCAAAGAGUGUUUCAUCCCACGUUACGACCCUCUUGGCACUCACAUGGACAUGCUGAAGAUAUCAUCAGCUGAAGACAUUUCUUCAUUUACUUUGACAUCCUGGAAUAUCCUUCAGCCCAGUGAUGAUGACAGUACCAGAGAGGAGGCUCUGGCUGGUGGGGGUCUUGACCUUAUCUUCAUGCCAGGCCUUGGAUUCGACAAAAAAGGCAACAGAUUGGGAAGAGGAAAAGGGUAUUAUGAUAUCUAUCUCGAAAGAUGUAUGAAACAUCCCAGUGGAAAGCCUUACACGAUUGCCUUGGCUUUUAAGGAACAGAUUUGUGAAUCAGUGCCUGCAGCAGAACAUGAUAUUCAAAUAGAUGAAGUCCUUUAUGAAGACUCCUGAAAAUACCCUGAUACCAACCCACCUGCAGAGUGACCAAGCAAAAACAUCAGAUCCAGCAAUCGUGACUUUUUAAUUGACUUUGGGAACAAUAAAAUAGACUAUUUGUGUUUGGACAAAACCAAACACAAACAAACAAACAAAACCCAAAACCAACCAACCAAAAACCGGUGUAAAUGUGGUAAUAGUAGCAAAGAUCGCAUUGUUUUGCUUCUAAUUAGCAAAUAUCUGGUAUGCAGUGUUAUUCUAGAAUCAAUAGAAACAGGAAUCUGUGGCUGUUUAUUAUGGUGAGCACCAUUUCUUAUCAUGCUUUUGAGGAACAAGCUACCUGAUGCUUAACGGUUUUAUUAUUCCAGUUUAAGACUGAAGUGUCUAUUCAUGACAGUUCUUGACCAAUGUUAGAAUUAUAUAUGUCUUAUAGUAAAAGUUCGUAGUACUUAAAUAGUAUGUUUAUCCAUGAGCAAAACAAGAAGCUGGCAGAUAAGUCCCAUAGUAAGCUGGGGAAAAAAGAGUGCUAGGAAAAAAGCCUUAAUUUGUUUUACUGCAUAACAUAAUGUGACUAUUUACUUUGCUUGUUGAAGUUCUCUUAUAGUAAAAGAAGUAUCUGUUAAAUAAUUUUAAAAAAUCCAUAGCUUUGGUAUAUAUCUCUUUCUUUUAUCUAAAUAUAAGAUUGUAGUGUAGUAUAAAAUGUAGUUGUUGAAUCCUCAGUCUGGAGAAAAACUACUCUUUUUUGCAAAAUAAUAUUAAGAAUUAAUUCAAGUAUUUCAAUUUGAUACAUAGGACAUUUAUAAUGUCCUUGAAUACUGUGGGAAGCAUGGAUACUAUUUUAAACGAUAAAGAGAUGCUAAGAAUUGCAGGGAACAGGUUUUAUGGAUUGAGUAAGCUUUUGGGUGGGAGGAAGAAGACGGUUUUCCUCUGUACGCUGUGCUUGUGGCAACAGAACACAGGAUUUCUAAUCAGGAAUAAUCAAACAGUCAAAAGCUUCUGUUUCUUCUUCAAUGCAACUUCACUUUUUUUUCUAGAAUGUUUAACUCCUCUCAAUCAAUAAAUCAGUCCAUUUAUUUUAACCAAA